AUGAAUGAUGAUACUAGAAAUCAUAGAGACAACAAAGAUUUACAUGCCAUGUACCAUCAAGAAUGUAUUAUCAUGGCUGAAUAUCGUAUGUUGCAAACGGAAAAUCUACAAGGGAUCUAUGUGAUACCAUCGUACGAAAACUCAUUUUUGUGGUUUGGAGUCAUUUUUGUGCGUUCUGAUUACUACGAAGGAGGUGUUUUCAGGUUUACAUUGACAUUACCUGAAAAUUUUCCAGAUGAAGAAGUGCCUGUUUUAAAAUUUACUUCCCAUUUAUAUCACCCAGCAGUGGAUCCUAAUACAGGUGUACUAAAUUUGACUGAAGUGUUCCCACAGUGGGAUAAAAAGCAGCAUCACAUAUGGCUAAUAUUGAAAUAUUUAUAUUCUAUUUUUCAUAACUUGAAUGUUAAAGUGCCUUCAAAUGUUGAUGCUUCUGUUGCGUAUAAGAGUAAUAGAAAAUUAUUUAUGGAGAAAGUAAGAGAAUGUGUUGUAUUAAGUAUAGAUCAUAUUUAUGAUGACCCACCUACAGAAGAUAAACACUUUAUAACUUUUAAGCCAUAUGACCCUGAUGUUCAUGAUAAUGCCAAAAAUAUGAUGCUGAAAACACCAACAAAUGAAUGUGCAAAUCAAGGGAUAUCUUGGGUACAACAAGGUUCAUUUCAACCAUUUUCUAAAGAAGAAACAACCUAG